GCAAAAAUCGGUCCAAUUCCCUCAUCCAAGCAGACAGAGAACCUGGAGAGGAAGGAGCAGCCCGUCUCCACACUAACUAUUAUAAAGAGUCCAACCUCUCCAACUAGAAACCUCUCAACGUCCCUAAGGAUGCAGCGUUCCUUAUGAGCAACGAUAUAAAGAGCUGUACCUAUCGGGAUCGUCAUUAGGUAAAGCCUUCUCCUACCACUCCAGGGGCCCAUCCAUCCCUUCUCCUAGCACUCCAGAGGCACAUCCCAUCUCUUAUCCUACCACUCCAGAGGCACAUCCAUCCCUUCUCCUAGCACUCCAGGGGCCCAUCCAUCCCUUCUCCUACCACUCCAGAGGCACAUCCAUCCCUUCUCCUAGCACUCCAGGGGCCCAUCCAUCCCUUCUCCUAGCACUCCAGAGGCACAUCCCAUCUCUUAUCCUACCACACCAGAGGCCCAUCCAAUCUCUUCUCCUACCAUUCCAGAGGCCCAUCUCAUCUACUGUCCAGACUUCCAGCAUCUAGUGACGGGUUACCCGGUGCACCGGUGCGUUACCCGGUGCUUUGUCUCUGGAAUUAAAAGUGGGACUUUGCCAGACUUCCACCAGCCAAGGGUGGCCUGUCCAGCUCUACCUGCCCCAGACAGACAGUACCACCACCAACUGAACAUCUGUUGCUAAUCCCCAACCCAGUCCCCAGUUCCUCAGCCCAAUCCCACUGCAGGGGAGGAUGGGUGAUGGGCCUUUGAGUCUCCCUGGCCUCACUCCUUCUGUCUCUCUCAUCCUCGCAUGGAGCCUCCUUCUGACACCUCCAGUUCCCCCUGGGACACCUCCAACUCCCUCUCCAGAUCACCAGGGCCAUGGCUCCCAGCCCUCCCAGUCUCGCUGCACCCCAACGUGAGUUUUCCUGUGGGCAUCGGCGCCAGCGGAGCCCCCCUUUCCCUGACCCACUCCCUGGCACUGGUUGCCAUGCUCCUCAUGGACCUCUUGGCCGUCGUUGGCAACCUAGCUGUCAUGGCCGUCAUCACCAAGACGCUGCAGCUGAGGAAGUUCGCCUUCGUGUUCCAUCUGUGUCUGGUCGACCUACUGGCGGCUCUGGUUCUGAUGCCUCUGGGGAUGCUGUCGGACCGGAUCUUGGUGCAUGAUGAGGCCCUCUGCCAGAGCUACCUCUGCCUGAGUGUAGGGCUGGUCAGUGCUGCCAUUUUGUCUAUCUCAGCCAUCAACGUGGAGAGGUAUUAUUACAUCGUCCACCCGAUGCGCCAUGAGGUGAAAAUGACAGUAGGGGUGGUUGUGGCAGUGUUAGUCGGGAUCUGGGUCAAAGCUAUUGUGAUGUCAGCUCUGCCUCUACUGGGCUGGGUGCCCCAGGGAAACCAGGGGGUAGGUGUCGGACUUGGAAUAGGACUAGGGAGUCCCAUGAUCCCGGGUCCUCCAAGCCAGAGACGUUGCUCCCUACACUGGACUGGAGGAGGAGGGACCACACGAUUAAUCUUCAUGGUCUUCUUCACCUUUGUCUACUUCCUGUGUGCAGUACUGAUCAUCCUUAUUGUGUACUGUAACAUGUUUAAAGUAGCCCGGGUGGCAGCCAUGCAGCAUGGCCCCUUACCUACCGGGAUGGACACACCUGGGCCCCGCCCUCACCGCUCCGAAUCCCUCAGCAGCCACUCCACCAUGGUUGUCAGCUUGGGGGGCCCUGGGGGCCCAUGUCCUCCACUCCGCACCCCCAGUCAGAGGACCUUCAAUGGGGGUAAAGCCGCGGCAGUCCUGGUGGCGGUUGGAGGCCAGUUCCUAUGCUGCUGGCUGCCUUACUUCUCCUUCCACCUGUACGCCGCCCUGGUCUCUACCCCCCAGGCCUCCCUGGCUUCGGACCAGAUGGAGGAGGUCGUGACCUGGAUUGGCUACUUCUGCUUCACCUCCAACCCUUUAUUCUACGGCUGUCUGAACCGGCAGAUCCGAACAGAGCUGGGCCGAAGCCUGGCCUGUCUCUUUAAGCGGGCGGGGCCGGGCGAUGGGGAUCAGCUGGCCAGCAGAGAGGCCUCCAUCGAGGAGAACUUCCUCCAGUUCCUUCAGGGGACAGGGUGCAAUCUGGAGCCCUCCACCCAGGCACACAGCAGGGCUAGCAGGACCGAGGAGGAGGCGGGGGAGAGGGGCCCUCUUCGAGACGUACCUCGUCAGGACAACACUCUGGUCCAGGAACACACACCUGUUGACUUCCACAUCCCUGGACAGAUUAUCGAGAGUCAGAUUAUCAGAUUAUCUGGACAGAUUAUCGAGAAGACUUCGGAGUUCUUGGAGCAGCAGCAUCUGAAUCUGAACGAUGACAUCAACCCAGCGGAAAACUGCUGCAGAGUAAACAGGACCGUGCUGGACAGUGCCUGAACUCUGGUAUUGGACGUUCAUUCGUACAGUAGGCCUGUUUUUGGACCAGGCAUCAGAGGUAGAAACACUAAAGCCUUCGUCUGCAGGCCAAACAUCGGCGUAGAAGUCCUGUGGUGGAAACGGCAGGUAGAUGACCUGU